AUUGUUGCAGAAAUUGAGGCGAACUUGAUCGGUGGCCUGAACCGGUACCAUAAUGCGCAAGGAUAGUUGACACGUGUCACAGUCUUCCGUCAACCUGUCCAUAUCCUCGAACCUAAGCUGUCGUUUCAGACCUUCUCAGGCCCUGGCUCUGGGAGAGCUCGACUUCGCUAUUCUUCCAUCUCUUCGACUUCUCCCAGACCAAUCGCAUGGAAAGGUAGCUAGCACCGCGAUGACCUUUGUCUGGACAUUGCAGAUUCUCAUAAGCAAUCUUCUGGUUCUCAGGCUCUCAAAUCGCCUUUCUUAUUCUAGAAUCUCGUCGCAAAUUUGCUGGACUCAACGCAUAAAUUGUCCAAUCAUUGCUGGAAUGUCUGCACACGCUCCGGAGACCUCAUACGUACGGUCGUUGUCCACCAUCAUACCUCGUCGCUGUUUUGUCGAUAUAUUCUCUCAAUAUCGAUUUCAACUACAUCUGCCGGUACCAGACCACUUCUAAGAUGCCAAUACGGCAGUCAGAUACGUAAUACUGCCCUUUGCU